UAAGCCCCUCAUUUAGCGCAUAAGGAAAGAAUCUGGACUUAACAAAUUUGAAAAUGCCAAAUCUGCUCUCGUCCAGUUUUCCUCAAACGCACGAGACAAAGGCCCGAGGCCUGGCCCGUUCUUCAUUCUAUCUCCCCUUCCCGACUUGACCUAGCCGCCAGCCGCCAGUCGCCAGAGCCGCUACGCCCGCCGUCCGCCGCCCUACUCCGCCGUGUUUCCCCCCCAUCCGCCGCCUCCCAUCGCUGGCCCAAGGUUUUGUGUGUGAUUUGCAUGGGAUUUGAGUGGGAGGGGCUGGAUUGACUAAGGGGUGUGAUGGAUCUGAAAAGGAUCGAUGCAAUGUUUGUGCAUGAUUCUAACCAAUCCAGUGUGAUAAACCUAACCACGGGGGCGAUCUCAGGCAAUGAAGUAGAAAAUGGUAGUGCUACUAUUGAUUGGUCAAGCUUUGUGAUUGAACCAGAAAACGAUGGAGAUGAAAAACCGCCGGACCAGAAAGCCAUGUUUGCUAUGUUUGGUUUAAAAACAGAGCCGGAUGAGAGAGCAACUGAGCUUCCUACUCCUGAUGUGGAGUCUGACUUACAUGAUAUCAAAGAUGCAGAUAUUGUUGUUGAUGAUAAGGCUACAGAGGAGCCACUUAUUGCCUGGGAUGAACGAAACCCAGCCAUGGAUAUAGGGACACCUUAUCCUAACAUGGUUGAAUUUAGAAAGGCUUUAAAACAGUGGGCUGUCAAUGGAGAGUUUGAAUAUGGCACCAAAAAAUGAGCCGGGGAGGUUUCAGGCUUUUUGCAAAGGUCAAUCCAUAAUAGGUGAACCUUGCAAAUGGGCUAUAACUGCUAGUUGGCGAAGGGAUGGAAAUUGUGUGAUGGUUGUGAAGCACCAAAUGGAGCAUAUUUGUAGUUCAACGAGUGGAAAAGUGACAAGAAUGACAUCUCAAUCAUGGGUUGCCGACAAGGCAGUAGCUAUGUUGAAGAAGGAUCCAACCGUUGGUGCUGUGAAGAUACUUAAAGACUUGCAAGAUGAGCAUCAUGUCACACUUAACUAUCACACAGUGUGGAAAGGCAAACAAAAGGCAGCAGACGGCUUAUAUGGGAGUUGGGAAGAAAGUUUCAGGAUGUUGUACAACUACAAGGCUGAAAUAGAAUUGAGGUCUCCGGGGAGUAUUGUUGAGAUUGAUACGACCACACAUGAAGGUGAAGUGCAUUUCAGCAAGCUAUUUAUCGCUUUCAAGCCUUGCAUAGAUGGUUUUGUGAAUGGAUGUAGGCCAUAUAUUAGCAUAGAUUCAACUCAUUUAAAUGGAAAGUGGAAUGGUCAGCUAGCUGUAGUCACCGCAUUGGAUGAUCACAAUUGGAUGUUCCCGGUGGCGUAUGGCUUUAUUGAGUCUGAAAAUGGAGAUAAUUGGGCUUGGUUCAUGAAUCAAGUGAAGAAGGCAAUAGGGGACCCUCUGGUAUUGGCUGUUUGUAAUUGAGCCCCUUACGGACAAGAAUCAAUGGCCACACGUGGACACAGGCUUUGUGUUGCGUCCACCAAUUCCAAUAGGCAAGAAGAAAGGUGCUGGAAGAACAAGAAAAUAGAGGAUAAAGAGUUGGUGGGAAGGUGGAUCAAGGAAAGGAUCCUUGAACAAAUGCAAAAAAUGUGGGGAGAUAGGACAUAGAGAAGCUGGUUGUCCUCAAAAUGGAACAAAGAAAAGGUACAUAGUAGUACUUGUUGCUGUUUUCUAUCUAUAAUACCAUGGUUCUUUUACAUGAAAAUAGUUCUAAUUGCUUCUUUUUGUAGGAAAAGUAGGGGGGAAAAGAAUCCAUCUCCAUGGUUUGAUAUUUCCGUUAGCAAUACCGUUCCAUCUACACCAACCAAGAGCAAGAAUGAUGCCACUUGUAGCAGUCCUGGAGCUGUCACAAGAAGCCAAGCUGCAGCUCAAGAUAGUCCUGGACCUGUCACAAGGAGCCAAGCUUCUACCCCACCACCAAAACCUCCAGCAAAAGGAAAGAAGAAGAAAAUGACACCUAAGAGGAAGAAAUUAAGCGACCUCUGAGCUUGUUUGUGGCUGUAAUGAACUUGGCUGUUAGUGGAGACUCACUUUUAUUGUUGUGUAUGUGAGAUGCAAACUCACUUUUAUUUGCUCUGUAAGUGAGGUAGAGACUCACUUUUAUUUCCUAUGUAUGUGAGGUAAAGACUCACUUAUUUUGCUGUCAUGAAGUCCUGUAGAACAUGGCUGAAUUAUUCUCUAUGCUAUCAUUGAAUCAUUGUGACCCUAUAUUA